UAUUGAUUUGUAGGUAGCGAGAUGCAUGCGCAUCACAACACAAAUUAUGUGAACGAAACUAAACAAUGUGGCUACAUUGAGUAUGCUGCCGCCAUAAUUAAACGAGUUUCAGACUAUGAGGGUAACAUUGGAGGAAAUACACAUGCGAAGUGACAAGUGAAAAUGACAACUUCUUUGGGUAAUGUGUACUACGGAUGGGUCGUCGUGCUUGCAGCCGCGGUAAUCAGAAUCCUGGUUUAUGGAAUCUCAUACACUUCUGGUGUAGUUUACGUUGUCAUCCUUGAGAAUUUUAAGACUGGGGCUGCAGAGACAUCAUGGAUUUCUUCACUUAUCACAGCAAUGACUUUCCUUAUUACGCCUCUAGCAGGGGUGUUGGUGAAUAAAUUCGGAUGGCGAGUGGUCACUUUUUGUGGGGGACUAAUGACCUGUGGAGGCCUCCUUCUGAGUACACUAUCGACCAACCUCAUACUUCUAUGUUUGUUUUAUGGAGUAAUGACAGGUGCAGGUUGUGGAAUUGCCUACAUGAGUGGGAGUCUUGCUGUGCCGAAGUACUUCCAGCAUAAGAAGAUACAAAACCUUGCCGUCGGUUUGGCAUCGGCGGGUGGCGGAGUUGGUGCAUUUAUUUUCCCUCCAGUUGUUCGAUAUCUGGAUUAUGAAUAUGGCUGGAAGGGAAUGUUUAUGAUUUUGGGAGGAAUUGCACUUCAUAUGUGUGUUUUUGGUCUUCUCUAUCGUCCGAUCCCAAAUACAGAUGAAAACGAGAAUCCAACUAAAAAGAAGAGUCGACGAGCGUCUUCACACGUGCCUGAACCAAAUGACUGGACGUUUCUCAAAAGAUUAGUUUUCCACUUCGUUUCAAUGAAUAAUUUUCUCUUUUCAUUUGGUUCUUCCAUUAUAUAUGGACAUCUUGCAGCAUACGCACAGUUUCAUUUGAAUAUAAAUAAAAAGGAUGCUGCUUUUUUGUACUCAGUCAUUGGAAUCUCCAUCACAAUUGCUAAAAUAUCACAGGGACUCAUUGCAGACCACCACAAGGUCCAUCCUAUCUUCAAGGCCAUCAAUCAGUAUAUUAUCUUUUAUUUAAUCGGUGGCCUGGCUACCUCAUUCUUACUGGUGGUCACCGGUUAUGGCGGACUAGUGGUUUAUUGUAUUCUGUUUGGAGCGAGCAUGGCUGCCAAUGGUGGAUCUUUAAUUCCAGCAAUACUGAUGGAAAUGUUUGGGCAAAAUAAACUUUCCCUUCCGUAUGCCGUUGUAUUAGCUGAAAUGUCUAUAGGUCAAAUUCUUGGAGCACCUGUGGCAGGUUGGAUAUACGAGGACACCAAGAAUUACCACUAUCCAUUUCUCUUAGCAUCGGCGUUCAUGAUAGCUAGCGCAAUCAUCAUGGUGUAUCCACGCCGAUAUCUGAUGAGGCCACACGAAGACAAAAGCAUAAUCGUAGUAGAUAUUGACAUUCCAAAAGUACAGGAGUUCGAUCGAUUUUUGAGUGAAAAUGAAUCAAAAGAAGCUACAAGUUUCAUUGAAAACAAUGAUCAUAUCAAAGAAGAAAAUCCACCAAAUUUUAUACGAACAGACGACAAGGAAGAUCAACAGAUUCAGGUGAAGACUGUAUCUGAGAGGACAAGCUUAAUUACGCCACAGGCAGAGGAAGUGACGUGUUACUAUGAGGAUAAAUCUUUAGUUAAACUAUUGAGGGGAAAUACACACGCAAAGUGGCAGGUGAAAAUGACAAUGUGUUUGGGUAAUGUGUACUACGGAUGGGUCGUGGUGCUUGUAGCUGCUAUAAUCAGGAUCCUAGUUUAUGGAAUCUCAUACACUUCUGGUGUAGUUUACGUUAUCAUUCUUGAGAAUUUUAAGACCGGGGCUGCAGAAACAUCAUGGAUUUCGUCACUAAUUACUGCAAUGACGUUCGUUAUCACGCCUCUAGCUGGAGUGUUGGUGAACAAAUUCGGAUGGCGAGUGGUCACAUUUUGUGGGGGGUUACUGACCUGUGGCGGCCUCCUUUUGAGUACUCUGUCGACCAACCUCUUCGUACUAUGCUUGUUUUAUGGUGUUUUGACAGGUGCAGGUUGUGGAAUCGCCUACAUGAGUGGAAGUAUUGCUGUGCCGAAGUACUUCCAGCAUAAGAAGAUACAAAACCUUGCCGUCGGUUUGGCGUCGGCGGGUGGUGGGCUUGGUUCUUUUGUUUUCCCACCAAUUGUUCGAUAUCUGAAUUUUGAAUUUGGAUGGAAGGGAAUGUUUAUGAUUCUGGGAGGAAUUGCGCUUCACAUAUGCGUUUUUGGACUUCUCUAUCGUCCGCUCCCAAAUAUAGAUGAAAACGAAAAUCCAACUAAAAAGAAGAGUCAUCGUGCAUCUUCACACGUGCCUGAACCAAAUGACUGGACAUUUCUCAAAAGUUUAGUUUUCCACUUCGUUUCUAUAAAUAAUGUUCUCUUUUCAUUUGGUUCUUCCAUUAUAUAUGGACAUCUUGCAGCAUACGCACAGUUUCAUUUACAUAUUAACAAAAACGAUGCUGCCUUUCUGUACUCUAUCAUUGGAAUCUCCAUUACCAUUGCUAAAAUAUCACAGGGACUCAUUGCAGACUACCACAAGGUCCAUCCUAUCUUCAAGGCCAUCAAUCAGUAUAUUAUCUUUUAUUUAAUCGGUGGCCUAGCUACCCCAAUCUUACUGGUAGAUAUUGGCUAUGGUGGUCUUAUAGCGUACUGUAUUUUGUUUGGGGCAAGCAAUGCUGCCAACGGUGGAUCCUUAAUUCCGGCAAUACUGAUGGAAAUGUUUGGGCCAAAUAAACUUUCUCUUCCGUAUGCAGUAGUGUUAGCUGAAAUGUCCAUAGGUCAAAUUCUCGGAGCUCCUAUAGCAGGUUGGAUGUAUGACAGCAUGGAGAAUUACCACUAUCCAUUUCUGUUAUCAUCGGCUUCCAUGAUAGUUAGUGCAGUAAUCAUGGUCUACCCAAGACAGUAUCUAAUGAGGCCACGCCAAGAGAAAAGCAUCAUCGUAGUAGACAUUGAAAUCCCAAAAGUACAGAAUUUCGAUAAAUUUUUGAAUGACUUUGAAUCAAAAGAGUCCACAAGUUCCAAUAAAAGUCAUGAUUAUAUCCAAGAAGGAAAUCAAUCGAUUUUUCUAGAAAAUGACAGAGAAGAUGAACAGACCCGGGACAAGGUUGUGUCUGAGAGGACAAGCCUAAUUACUACACAGGCGGAGGGUAAAAACGGAAGUGACGUGUAAAUACAAACCAAACUGUCAAACAGUAAAAUUCUGGUACACCAAAGAGCGUUUGUGUCUCAAAAAACGGACCAUAAUUAAGGGUCCUCAUGUUUCUCUACUGGUUUUUUCACCGUUAACAUAAAAUGUUGAUCAUAAGUAAACAAUAAUAUUAACAUUUUAACUUCGAGAAUAUUAUGGUUUUAACUUUGCUGUAAAUGUGAGAAAAUUAAACGAUAUUAAUUCUUU